UAAAGGUGACUAUAGGGGUGUUAUUUCAUGUCUAGAAGGCUGUAAUGUUAAAAAGCGUAUUUAGGAGGUCAAAAACAGGUUUUCUAUGAAUUAAUUUCUCUUAUGUGUACUAUUUUAGGUAAUGGGAGAGUAAAGGUGAACAUGUUAUUUAAUGUCUAGAGGGAUCUAAUAAUGUUAAAAGACAUAUUUAGAAAGUCGUAAGCAGGUUUUAUACGCUCUAACUACCAGAAUAUUCCAUUUAUAAAUCACUUUGCGGAAAUUCACUUAUCACGAUUGGGUCCGGCACCAAUUAACCGUGAUAAGGGAGAGAUUAUUGUAUAUACGAACAAGCAUUCACACCUAUGGACAAUUUAUAGGCUCUAUUUCACCUAACAUGCAUGCUUUAGGGAUGUGCAGCCCCCGGACAGAACCCAUGCAAGCACAGGAGAACGUGCAAACUCCACACAGAUGUUCCGACCUGCCACCUCCUGACUGUGAGACAGACAUGCUAACCACUAAUCCACCGUGCGGCAUCAAUAAAAUAUGCGGGUUCAUAUUAAAAUGAGAGCCCCAGUCUAAAGUUUGGAGACACCUUCUCAUUCAAUAGCAUCAGCAAGUGUCUCCAAACCUUUGCUUAAAAAAUAAUUUAUUUGGGCUUGAAUGGAAUGUUUAGCUCCACCCUUACACAAGCAUUUGUCUCUGGCACUCCUUGCCGGUGAGUAAAUAAACGCACGUCCUAUUUGAAGACAAUUGUUUUUGGAUUAUUUCAUGUUUCAAAAAUGAUGUUGAAGUCAAUAUUUUAUUACAAAAGAGUUGCCAGAUGAAUUCCAACGUCAAUGAAAGUCACGCACAUGUUAAUGUACACGCUUCAUUAAAGGCGCGUGCGCGUCGAGAGGCUGGCUGCAGGGGUGCGCAUCCCACAUCAGUGCGUGGAUCAGUUGCUUGUGGCAGGUGCAGUGUCAGCAGGAGGCUUCCCGGAAUCGAACAACUGUCUUUGACGGCCGACGCAGCCACCAACUUGAUGAUAUAGGAAAGAAAAAGAGAGGAAAAAAAUGACACCUGCGGAGUUUCGCUGCUUAGAGACUGUGGACCGGACAGGGGCGUCGUGCGCGGUGAGGAUGCCCAUGGCGAACGUGGCGCGCGUGUGGAGCCUCUAGGAGACCACCAUGGGGGUUCUGGGCUGGACCGUGCUCAUGUGGGCUCUGAUGGCGGCGCCGGUGGGAGCCCACGAGAACGACACGGAGCCUAUCGUGCUGGAGGGCAAGUGUCUGGUGGUGUGCGACUCCAACCCGGCCGCCGACUGGAGGGCGUCUAACUCGCCGCUCGGCAUCUCGGUGCGCGCCGCCAACUCCAAGGUGGCCUUCUCGGCCGUGCGCAGCAACAACCACGAACCCUCCGAGAUGAGCAACAAGACCAGGAUCAUCUACUUCGACCAGGUUCUGGUAAACAUCGGAAACUUCUUCACAUUCGAGUCGGUGUUUUUGUCUCCAAGGAAGGGAGUGUACAGUUUUAACUUCCACGUCAUUAAAGUGUACCAGAGUCAGACCAUACAGGUGAACCUGAUGCUGAACGGGAGGCCGGUCAUCUCGGCCUUCGCAGGGGACAAGGACGUGACCCGCGAAGCAGCCACCAAUGGGGUCCUGCUGUACCUGGAAAAGGAGGACAAAGUCUACCUGAAGCUGGAGAAGGGCAACCUGGUGGGCGGGUGGCAGUACUCCACUUUCUCUGGCUUUCUCGUCUUUCCGCUGUAAAAGGAAAGAAGAAGAAGAAGAAGAAAAAAAAAAAGAGUAAGCUGACUUCUCCUCUGUGAUGAGUCCUCACUGUUUAGUUAAAACACCAUGGCUGCUACCGCUGGACAAAAACAAUUCUUGAAUAUGCUUGGUUCAAACGUCCCGACAGCAUGUUGUCAUGGCAACCGUCAUUCAGGCGUUUUCCCGUUGAUUGGCGCUGCUUUCGUUACGUUUCAUCAGUGUGGACUAUCAGUGGAAUUCAUGAUUCACGUUUGUAUGACUGUCAGCUCCUUUCUAUGUCGCAAAUUCUGUACAGUCGCCCCCCGCCGCUUCGUGCUUCGAAUUUUGUGGCUUCACUCUAUCACCGUUUUUAAAAAAUAUAUUCAUGAUUAAUAAAUCAUGCUGUUUUGUGGUUGAAUACAGCCUAGUAUUAGUCCAAAAAUAUGAAUAUUUAAGCAAACUGUACGUAUUUUUGGCCUAAAUUAAGCAUUUUCAAGGGUAAAAAAAAUAUUAAAUAAACUUAAAAUACAAAUAUAAGACAUUCAGAAGACGCAUUCAAAGACACUGUAAUGAUAUGUAGUAUUGUACACAGGUCACUAGGUGUCAGUAAUGUUACAUUAGUCACUGCAAGAAGCCACAAGUAAAAAAGAAAACCCCACAACAACGCUAACAUAUGUGCGUCUAUAGCAGGGGUGUCCAAACUUUUUCCUUCAGUGAGGGUCACACAGUGAAAAAUAAAAGGAUGCAAGGUGAAAAAGCCUAUUUAUAUCAACUUAACUCUUUGCUCUUUUUUCCCCCAUUUUUGCUGUUUUUUUUUUCAUUUUCCAAAUAUUUCAACUUUCUUCUUAAAUAAUCUUCAUAAUCACAUAUUUCCUUCUUGUAAUAUUUUGACUUUAUUCCCAUAAUAUCCCACAAUAAUAUAACAUUUUCUCCAACCUAAUCUUUCAAAAAUGACAAUUUCAAUUUGUCUUGUUUCUCAAAAUAUAACAACUUAAAAAAAAAGAACAUAUGUUUAAUAUUUAACAUUUCAACUCUAUGCUACCAAAUGACGUAAUUUUCCUAAUAAAAUUGCCACUUAUUGUCUUGUUAGAAUACAACUUUUUUCUGUUUUGACUUUAUUCUUGUAAAAUUUGUAUUUUUUUCAUUUCUGCUGCUGUUUUUUUUUUUUUAAUUUUCCAACUAUUUCAACUUUCUUCUUGUAAAUUUUCUUCUCGCAAUUAUUACUUUUUUCUCAUAAUAUUUUGACUUUAUUCUCAUAACAUUAUAAAUUUAUUCCUCAAUCUAAUUUCCCAAAAAUGACAACUUUAUUUGUUGUUUUGUUUGUUUUUCUUAAUAUUACAACUUAAAAAAACAUCUUUCUUUAAUAUAUAAACUUAUUUGCUACUACAAUGUCAUUAUUUUUCCUCAUAAUAUUGAGAUGUUGUUAUCGUGAAAUUACAGCUUUUUUUCCUCUUAAUAUUUUGACUUUAUUCUUGUAAAAUUACUGCUGACUUUUCUAUUUUUGCUAUUAAGUUUUGUUAAGUUUUCUUGUUAACUUAUAUUUUUAGAUUGAGCGGCAGGUCAAUUAAAAAAAAAAAAAAGCCACGGGCCGCAAAUGGCCCCCGGCCGCAGUUUGGACACCCCUGGUCUAUAUUAUGUCUUAUUUAUGUCCCAUUAUCUCUACUAUGUUGUGUAAUAGGAGUGUUAUGGGGUGUUAUUUCAUGUCUAGAGGGCUCUAAUAGUGUUAAAAACUAUAUUUAAAAAGGUGGUAAUUAGGUUUUUUAUGUCUUAUUUUCUCUUAUUAUGUCGACUAUAUUGGGAGUGUUAAGAUGACUACAUGGGUGUUAUUUCAUGUCUAGACGGCUCUAAUAAUGUUUAAAAGUGUAUUUAGAAGGUCGUAAACAGGUUUAUUCAAAAUAUUCAAUUUACAAAUAACUGCGAAAAUUCACUAUCAUGAUCGGGUCUGGAACCAAUUAACCACGAUUAGGAGGGAUUACUGAAUAUACAGUAAAGUCAUGGAAAAAAAAUAUUAGACCACUCUUGUUUCUUCUUCUUGUUCGUUUUAAUGCUUGAUACAACUAAAGGUACCUUUGUUUGGACAAAUAAAACAAUGACAACAAAAUAGCUCAUAAGAGUUACACUUUUUGGCCGCACAGUGCUAUAGAUAUUCAUGUAAGAUUUAUAUUUGAAUUUAUAGUCUCUAUUUCAACUAACAUGCAUGUUUUUGGAACGUGCAGUCUCCGGACAGAACUACAGAAAUAUCCCAUUUGGCGGAAAUUCACUUAUCACAGUCGGGUCUGGAACCAAUUAACCGCUAUAAACGACGGUCUCCUGUGCAGACUGCCAACAUCACAAGUCCAAACCAGCAAUGAAAGUAUUCUCAGUACAACCUUCCAUCCAUUUUCUAUACCGCUUAUCCUAAAACUCCCAACGACCUUGCCAAACCAUUGGCAACUGCAGGAGGCCAUUACUCAACAUAACAGUCUGACUCACGGUUUCAUCUUACAAACAACAAACUCAUCACAUUUUAACAUCUACCCAUAAUGCAUUACUGCCAGAACAGCAGUUCAUUGGAGGACAAGCAACAUACGUAGAUAGAUGGCGCUGCAAUGCUGCCUCUGUCCACCAGAGCAAGCCAGAGGAGCCCCAGAGCACAAAACCCAGAGGGAGGUUGACGUAAUUGCAGCGCCCCAAUGAAUGUGCUGCUCAGACGCAAUGGCUUAUGGGAAAACUUUAAAAUGUUGGGUUUUUUCAUUUUAAACUUGUAUUGGUACAUAAUUGCAUAUUUCUGAACUGUACUAUUGGAGUGUUAGGUUGAUGUGUGAUGAAUUUCGUGUUGUCCUCAGUAACAUGACACUGUGAGUCAGACUGUUAUGUUGUUAUAUAUAAUAUUAUUAGGAAAAUAACAUCAUUUUAGUAGCAAUAAGCAUUAUUUUUUUCGUAACAUUAUGAGAAACUAAGAAAACAACAAAUACAUUUGUAAUAUUUGGAAAAUUAGGUUCAGGCAAAAGUUAUAAUGUUAUAAAAAUGUCAAAAUAUUUUGGGGAUAAAGUCAUAGUCACAAAAAGAAAAUUUACAUUAAGAAAGUUGAAAUAGAUGGAAAAAAAAACAUAAAUGAGGAAAAAAACAGCUGCAGUUUAACAGGAAUAGAGUGGAAAUAUUAAGAAAAAAGUAAUCUAACGGGAAAAAGUCGUAACUUUACGAGAAUAACAUCGUAAUAUUAUGAGGAAAAAUAACGUCAUUUUAGUAGCACAAAGCAUUUGUUUUUUUAAAGUUGUAAUAUCAUGACAAAGAAACAUACAAGAAAUAUAGUUGUAAUAUUUGGAAAAUUAGGUUGUAGAAAAAAUUCUAUUACAAGAAUAGAGUGUGUGGAAUUAAAUUAUGGAACGGAUUGAGUAAAGAACUCAAACAAUGUACAGAGAUGAGCAAAUUCAAAAAACAAUACAAGCAGUUGAUGUUUGCCAAAUACAAGGCAGAAGAGUCCUGAUUGUUCUGUCAGGUUUGUUAUUUUAUUUUAUUUAUUUAUUUUUUUAUUUUCUAUUUUAUUUUAUUUUAUUUUAUUUUUUAUUUAUUUAAUUAAAUUUUAUUUGUUAUUUAUUUAUUUCUAUUUAUUUAUUUAUUUAUUUUUUUAUAUAAUUUUCUUUGUUGUGUUUAAAAAAAAAAAAAAAAAAAGCUUUGUUCUUAUUUAUUUAUUUAUUUAUUUAGUAUUGUCAUCAUAUUAUCAUUAUUAUGAAUGUUCUCUCUUUUUUUGGGGGGACGGUUAUCUCACCGUUAUCUAUUAUGUGUUAUCCUGACUAUCACUGAAAACAUGACAUGGAAUCCAGGAAGUGAACUACAUGUACUGUACUAGAUGUAGAAUGGAUGGGGGGUAGGAUUAAAUAAGCUUUGCUUCUUCCUACUCCUUUUGGACAUGUGGAACUGUCAAAAAAUGAUUCACGAGAUGUAUUCCAUUGUAACCUUCAUGUUCAAAUAAACUAAACCAAACCAAACCAAACCAAACCAAAUUUAUGGGAAGAAAAUCAUAAUUCGGGAAAAAAGCAACAACAAAAAUGGAAAAAACAGCUGUAAUUUUACAAGAAUAAAGUCAAAAUGAAAAGAGAAAAAGCUGUAAUCUAACAAGAAUAAUGUCGUAAUAUUAUGAGGAAAAAUAACAUCAUUUUAGUAGCAUUAUUUUUUAAGUCAUAAUAUUAUGUGAAACAAACAAUACAACGGAUAAAGUUCUAACUUUUGGACAAUUAGGUUGUGGAAAAAGUUCUGAUGUUACGAGAAUACAGUCAAAAUAUUAUGGGACUAAAGAAGAGUAAAGUUGAAAUAGUUGGAAAAUAAUAAUUACAAAAUAACAGCAGAACUGUAAAAAACAGCUGUAAUUUUACAAGAAUUAAGUCAAAAUAUUCAGGACAGCCAGGAGAUCGGGAAGAUCUGGGUUUGAAUCUUCGUUGGGCAUUUCUGUGUGGAGUUUGCAUGUUCUCCCCGUGAGUCUGUGGGUUUUCUCCGGGUACUCCGGUUUCCUCCCACAUUCCAAAAACAUGCAUAUUAGGUUAAUUAGUGACUCUAAAUUGUCCAUAGGUAUGAAUGUGAGUGUGAAUUGUUGUUUGUCUACUGUAUAUGUGCCCUGCGACUGGCUGGCGACCAGUCCAGGGUGUACCAUGACUCUCGCGGGGUCAGCUGGGAUAGACUCCAGCAUACCCGCGACCCUAGUGAGGAUAAGCGGCAUAGAAGAUGGAUGAAUGGAUGGAUGGAUGGCUGGAUGGAUGGAUGGAUGGAUGAAAAAAAGUUACAUUCUAAUUUUUUAAAAAGUCAAAAUUUUAUGAGAAUAAACUCAAUAUGAGGAAAAAUAAUUUCCUAAUUAUUAACAAUAGAAACAAUUUCAUUUUAGUAGCAUACAGUCAAAAUAUUACUUUUUUCUAAAUUGUAAUAUUAUGGGAAAUGAAAUAAAGAAGAAAUUUGUUUGGUAAAAAAGCUAUUACAUUAUGGAAAUCAAUAAAGUCAUAGUAUUGCGAGAAAAAAGUUGGAACCUAACGAGAAAAAGUUGUAAUUUUACGAGUGUAAUGUCGUAAUAUGAAUAAAAAUAACGUCAUUUCAGUAGCAUAAAGCAUUUUUUUAAGUCAAAAUAUUAUGAGAAACCAACAAAAGAGCAAAGUUGUCAUUUAUGGAAAAUUACGUUGAGGAAAACGUUAUAAAGUUACGGGAAGAAAGUCAAAAUAUGGGAACAAAGUCCUAAUUACCAAAAAAAAAUGUACAAGAAUAAAUUGAAAUAGUUAGGAAUUUUUUUUUAAAAAACAGCAUAAAUGAAAAAAACUGCCAUAAUCUUAUGAGAGUGAAGUAAAAUAUUCAGAGAAAAAAGGCUAACGAGAACAAUGUCAUAAUUUUCUGAGAAUAAACCCGUAAUAUUAUGAGGAAAAAUAUUGUCAUUUUAGUGGCACAUAGUUGAAAUAUUAAAGAAAAAUAUUCGUUUUUAAUAAUAGUAAUAUUAUGAGAAAAAAAUAAUAAUAAUAAAGUUGUAAAUUUUGGAAAAUUGGGUUGCGGAAAAAGUCAAAUUAUUAUGGGAAUAAAGUCACAAUAUGGAAAUUGACCAAGAUUAUUUAAGAUGAAAGUUGAAAUGUUCAGAAAAAUACAUUUUAAAAAAAGAGCAAAGAAUGAAGUUGAUACUAAUAAUAUGCUUUUUCACGUAUGUGACAAAGCCGAGAUUAAUUUUUUCUUGAAAUAGAUAUAACUUCUCAGCAUAUCUUACAAAAUAUCACAGUGGCAUCCUUUAAUUUUUCACUAUGCGGCCCUCGCUGGAGGAAAAAAGUUAGGACACUCCUGGCGUCAUCAUUGUACAGUAUUGUGUUUUACAAUAUUCCAAUCAUUUGCUGUAGAAAACACUAACACACGCAGGCACACAUGCUUUCCAUCAGACGACGGUGAUGCCUUGAGAAAUACUGUAAAUAUAGCUUUUCCUUGUGAGUGGAUGGAUGCUUGUCCACGCUUGCUUUCACUGCAUUGUUUGGGGAGCUUCUCUUCAGACUUCACGGCGGCGCCUCCAGGGUCGUUCCACGCUGCUUCCAGCAAGACAUACAAGGCCAAAAGUCAUCAAUCAAUCAGCCAAUGCCUGCGGCAGGGUGCAUUAGUUCUGAAUGUCACUACAGUAUGUACAAUACACAGGAGGUUAUUUGAUUUUGUCUAUUCAUGGAAGAUUUGCAACCAAAGAAGUGUGCAACCUCGCCUGUUUAUCAUUAUGUAUCGGCCAUACGCAGGUAUGAGCGUAAUCAUAGAUUGAUUCAUGCUUAAGAAUGUGCGGAAUUGAUUGUUGAUGACUGAAGUCAAAAUAGAGUGCACUACUUUGACUGCCACCAGCAGAGGUGCUGUUGAUACGGUCCAUAUUGUGCUAUAUCUUGAGCCACAAUGGAUUGUUUUGGUGAAAAACAGUCCGUACGGGAGGUUUGGACCCCCUCCUGCCGUAGCCAAACGAACCUUAAAAAGCAAACCUUUCUUUGCCGGCUUAUCUCCAACACUGUUUGGGUUUAACUGUGACAGAUAAGGGAGCUCGGAUUUGCUUAUUUGAGCUUCCUCGGUGAGGCAUUUAUCAUGUCGUGUCACUACGAAUGCCCACAGCCGAUAGAGCAAAAAGAGCAAAAAGUCAGACUCAACAGAGAAUCCCAAAGUUCAAUGACAGCACGUUUGCUUCCAUAUAAACACUUUUCUCAUUCAGUUAAUGAGAUCGCUAGUAAGAAGACCUCUUUGCUCACCUACUGUCUUCUUUAGUAUGGAUCCCGACUAGCAUACUAGCUAGUAUGUGCACAAAAUUCUGUCUAUGACUGAUGCAAGUAGUGCAAUAGUAGCUAAUAAAUACAUCGCAAUGUCAGCAAAUCCGUGUUUCGGCUCGCCACAGAUACAUAAAUCCGUUCCAACGGGUCCGUCUAAAGCCGAAUGGUACAAAAACUGUAAUUUUUUCCCAAAGAAUAUAAUGGAAAUCCAAUUAAUCUGUUCCAGACAUCCACAAAUGUUAACACAAAAUAAAUUUCAUAGAAAACCAUUCAAAAUACAUAUAAAGGACGACUGAAAGGGAUAAACCAGGGUUGUCCAAAUGUUUUUCCUCCAGCGAGGGCCACAUAGUGAAAAAUGAAAGGAUGCAACUUUGCCACUUUGAUACUUUGUAAAGAUACGCUAAAAAGUUCUACAUAUUUCAAGAUAAAACUGCAUCUCAGCUUUGUCAAGCUUAACAACGUUUGUCAAAAAGCAUGGCAUUAAUAUCAACUUCAGUCUUUGCUCUUUUUUCCCAUAUUUUUGCAGGGUUUUUUUUUUUUUUUACAUUUUCCAAAUAUUUAAACUUUCUUUUUAAAUAAUCUUUGUCUUUGUCUUUACAUUUCAUAAUAUUUUGACUUUAUUCCCAUAAUAUUAUACAUAUAGUAUUAUACAUUUUUCCCAACUUAAUUUUCCAGAAAUGACAACUUUAUUUUGUAUUGUUUGUUUUUCAUAAUAUUAUGACUUUAAAAAAAAGGGUAUUUUUUCUUUAAUAUUUCAACUCUAUGGUAUAAAGUGACAUUAUUUUCCCUCAUAAUAUUACGACUUUGUCAUAAACUUGUGACUUUUUUCUCCUUAGAAUACAAGUUUUUUUCUCUGAAUAUUUUACUUUAUUCUCAUAAAAUUUGUUAUUUUCGAUUUCUGCUGUUGCUGUUUCAACUCUGUUCUUAUCAAUUUUCCUCUCAUAAUUAUGACUUUAUUAACAUAAUAUUUUGACUUUAUUGUCACAACACUUUUUCCAUAACCUAAUUUUCCAAAAAUGACAACUUUGUUUUGUUUUGUUUGUUUGUCAUAAUAUUACGACUUAAAAAUAAAGGUAAUUUCUCUUUAAUAUUUCAACUCUAUGCUACUAAAAUGGCAUUAUUUUUCCUCAUAAUAUUCCAAGUUUAUUUUCGUAAAACUGUACUUUGUUCUCAUAAAAUUAAUGCUGUUUUUUCAUUUCUAAUGUUUAAAAAAAAAAAUCCAACUAUUUCAUCUUUCUUGUCAAUUUUCUUCUCGUAAUUAUGACUUUAUUCUCAUAAUAGUUUGACUUUAUUCUCGUAACAUUAAAACUUUUUUGGCAACAAAAUUUUCCAAAAAAUGACAACUUUAUUUAGUUUAGUUUGUUUUUCAUGAUAUGACUUUUAAAAAAAUAAGGUAUUUUUUCAUUAAUAUUUCAACUGUGUGCUACUAAAAUGAUUUUUCCUCAUAACAUUACAAGUUUACUCUCAUAAAAUUGCAACUUUUUUGUCAUUAGAAUACUUCUCUUUAUCUGAAUAUUGUACUUUAUUUUCGUAAAAUUACAGCUGUUUUUUACAUUUCUGCUGUUUUUUUCAAAUGUAUUUUCUAUUUCAACUUACUUCUUGUAAAUUUUCUUCUCGUAAUUAUGACUUUAUUCUCAUAACAUACAACUUUUUCGGCAACCUAAUUGUCCAAAAAAUUAACAUUUUGUUUUUCAUAAUAUUACAGUUUAAAAAUAAUAAGGUAUUUUUCAUUCGUAUUUCAACUCUAUGCUACUAAAAUGACAUUAUUUUCCUCAUAAUAUUACAAGUUUAUUCUUAUUAAAACUUUUUUUUCUUGUUGGAAGACUUCUGUUUGUCUGAACAUUUUACUUUACUCUGUUUUUUACAUUUCUGCUGUUGUUGUUUUUUUCAUUUUCCAACUAUUUCAACUUUGUUCUUGUACAUUUUCUUUCCGUAAUUAUGACUUUAUUCCCAUAAUAUUUUGAUUCAAUUCUCAUAACCUUAUAACUCUUUCGGCAACCUAAUUUUCCAAAAUAUUACAACUUUAUUUUGUUUUGUUUUGAUAAUAUUAUGACUUUUUAAAAAAUUAUGCUUUAUGCUGGUAAAAUUACGUUAUUUUUCCUCAUAAUAUUGCGAUGUUAUUCUCAUACAAUUAUGACUUUUCCAAGUUUGAUUACAACUUUUUUCUCUUAAUAUUUUAACUUUAUUUUAGUAAAAUUACUAUUAUAUAUAUAUUUCCAUUCAAUGUUGUACAAUAAUCGAGACGGUGUUCACAUGUUUUCACGAUUUCUUUGACUUCCUGUUUGGAUGGCAUGUGUAGCCCGUUUCGUAACCAAACAAGUUAAAGGCUCCCCCUGGUGGCUCUUCUCCCACACAACACAAGCUUUUUAUUUGGAUUGUAAUUAUUAUUAUUUUUUUUUUUUACAACUUUAGCAUUUUUGCAGGCAUGUCAGGCACUUUAGUCCACGGAAGCUUCGUCGUACGCAUGAAAAAAACCCCACUUAAAUGUGACUUUCAUGGUGAAUUGUAUGGAUGCCGAGAGCGCUAACAGCGCGUGAAGUCACUAGGGGGCAUAGUAACAUGGGGUGGGACAGUUGCCAUAUUUAAACAACUAUGUCGCAAUAUGGCGGAUAUCUGACAUGAUUUAUUUCAGGAGCUGAGCUACAGUAUAUGACAGACAAAUGUUUUGAACUGGGAAAAAAAUACAAUUUGAAAUGGAAAAAUCUAUUUUUGAUGUUGAAGUUUGAAAAAUAUAUAAUUUUAUCGAACAUAAAAAUAAGGGCAAACAAUAAUUUUUUCAGGUUAAAAUAAUGAUGAUUAAUUCUAAUAAUUCUUUUGAAUAAUUAUAAUUCUAAUAAUUAUAAUUUUAUUUUUAUUUAUUUCAUCUUUCACUUCCAUGUAUUUUCUAGGGUUGUCAAAAGUAGCUCAUGAACGGCGCUAACUAAUUCAUUUCAUUAAUUAUGUUAAAUUUUUCAAUUUUGUCAAGUGUUAUGAUGUUAUGUUAUAUAUAAAGUCAUUUAUCUUUUUGGUCAUAAAAUACAGUAAAAAAAGGGCAUAUUUCACACAUACUUGUAAAUGAUUAAUCAUGAUUAAUUAUUUUUUAAACUGAUUAAUUUGAUUAAAAUUUUUAAUCAUUUGACAGCCCUAGUAUGUUGGUUCUGUUUUUAUAUUCUGUUUUUUUCACAUUCAAAUCUUAAUUUUUUCCACUUUCACUUAGCUUUUUUGUUUCUCAUAAAAUUAUUGUAAAAUAUUUUUUCUUUAAUAUUUCAACUCUUAUUUUUCCUCAUAACACGGGUUUAUUCUUGUAUAAUUGCAGCUUUUUUCCAUUUAAACUGUUUUUUUUUAAUUAAAUUUAUUUACCUUGUUUUUUUUAUUCUUUCAUAUCUCUCAGGUUGAAAUCUUGUUUUUUCAAUUUCCAGCUUUUGGGCCAGAUUUCGCGUGGGGGGCGUGGUUUCAGCUGAAAUACGGAGCGGCAAAAAAUGUAUUAAACAUGUAUUCGUGGGUUGUUUAGAUACACAGUACACACAGGAAAAUAGACAUUAAAAACUGGUUAAGUACACACAUAGUGUACUGCAACAUUGGACGACGAUAUCCAAUGAGAGAUAUCGCUAUUUUGUUCCACCCCUAAUUUGCAUGCUAUCUGGGGAUUGCUAUGAUAUGCUGUGAUAUGCUGGGGUGAGAGGGGAUGGAAUUUUUGUUAUGUCAAUAUUCCAAAGACCCCUAUUCCAAGCAUCAUUGACAUUUUAAUAUUCCUUCAUGUUCCUUGGAUGUGAGUUGUACACAUAAUAAAUUGUAAAUUCUGCAAAUGGAGUGUUGAAUAAUGACUGUAUCAUUGUUAUCCUUGUUGGCUUUUUCCUGUCCUACAGAAGAAAGGGAACUGGGAGGUAACCAGGAAGUUAGCCUGGCUAGUGGCUACCAGGAAGUUAGACAAGCUACUGAGGCGCCAGACCUUGGGGGGUGGGUGGAAUGGCUCAGGCGGUAGAGUGGUCGUCUCUCAAGUUGAAAGUUGUUGGUUCCAUUCUCCGUCCUCCUGUGACCAUGUUGAAGACCAUGUGACCAUGUCAAAGUAUCGUUGGGAAAGAUACUUGAACCUCCAGUUGCUCCUGAUGCUGCGUCAUGGCAUGGGUAGCUAAACGUGCUAACAAAGUCAAAGCUUUGAUGAGAUGGAAGCUUUGAUGAGAUGAGACUGGAAGUUUACACAAAGAUGCCAUCAUAUCAUUUCAACACAUUCAAAGUAUGCCUCCUCUGUGUGGAUAUAAAAUGUAUACAUUACAAAAAUACUAUCUACAACUCUUCUCUUACUCAAUAUGUUUUAUUAUAAAGACUAAAAUAUCUCUUUGAUAUGUUUCAAUGGUGCAAUGACUUUGAAUGAAAUGAUGAAAUAAUGAUAGAAAUAAUGUGCCUAAACUGGCUAACUUCCUGGUAGCCUGGCUGACUUCCCCGUACCUUUGCUAACUUCCUGGUAGCAUGGAUAACUUCCUGGUUGCCUGCCACAUUUCCUGCUAGCAUGGCUAACUUCCUGGUACCCUGGCUAACUUCCUGCUA